AUGGCUGUCAAGAUCAGCGAGAAUGGCGUCCCAACCUACUGGGGCGCCAGUGGCCGGGCCCUCCAGAUGCUCAUCACUGCCGUAGCCACCACGGACUUCCUUUUAUUCGGAUACGAUCAAGGAGUCAUGUCCGGCAUCAUCUCCGCCGAGGCCUUCACCAGCGACUUCCCCGAAGUCGAAGGGAACAGCACUUACGAGGGAUUCGUGACCGCCAUCUAUGCCGUCGGCUGCUUUCUCGGAGCAUGCUUCAUCCUGACCUUCGGCGACCAUCUUGGACGACGCAAGUCGAUCUUCCUGGGUGCGAGUAUCAUGAUCAUUGGAGUCAUUAUUCAGAUCGCGGCUGUGCCGGUUGGUAGCGGGGCUACGGCGCAGUUUAUCAUCGGACGAUGCAUUACUGGUGUUGGGAAUGGCAUCAACACGAGCACAGUCCCGACGUAUCAGGCUGAGUGUAGUCGGUCUCACAACCGAGGCAAGCUCAUCUGUAUUGAGGGAGGCAAUGUUGCCAUUGGAACGUUAAUCGCCUACUGGAUCGACUACGGCUGCAUCUACGGUCCUCACGACUUCGUCUGGCGCUUCCCAAUCGCGUUCCAGUGUGUCUUUGCCAUCAUCGUCCUCAUUCUAAUGAUCAACCUACCAGAAAGUCCCAGAUGGCUCAUGACCAAAGACCGCCAAGAAGAAGCUCAAGGGGUUCUCGCCGCCCUGGCCGGCAAACCACCCCAAGACACCGAAGUGCAAGUCCAGGCUCAAGUUAUCGUCGACUCGAUCAGAGCUUCUGGCCACCAUGGCGGUGUUACUCCAGUGUCGGCUUUGUUCAGCAACGGCAAGUCGCAGCACUUCCGCAGGUUGUUGCUUGGUGCUAGUUCGCAGAUGAUGCAGCAAUUGUCGGGAUGCAACGCGGUCAUCUACUACUUCCCCAUUCUCUUCCAAAACUCCAUCGGCGUCGACCACAACACCGCCCUCCUCCUCGGCGGCGUCAACAUGAUAGUCUACUCCAUCUUCGCCACCACCUCCUGGUUCGCCGUCGAGCGCGUCGGCCGCCGCAAACUCUUCCUCAUCGGCACCGUCGGCCAAUGUCUCUCCAUGGUCCUCGCCUUCGGAGCCCUCAUCCCCGACACCGAGUCCGCCGCCAAGGGAGCCGCUGUGGGACUAUUCACGUACAUUGCGUUCUUUGGCGCCACGUGGCUGCCCCUGCCGUGGUUGUACCCUGCGGAGAUCAACCCGCUGAAGACGAGAGCGAAGGCGAAUGCUGUCUCCACUGUGUCGAAUUGGCUCUGGAACUUCUUCAUCGUCAUGAUCACCCCCGUGCUCAUCGAGAAAAUCGGCUGGGGCACAUACCUCUUCUUCGCCGCCAUGAACGCCAUCUUCUUCCCCAUCAUCUGGUUCUUCUACCCCGAAACCUCUCAACGCUCCCUCGAAGAAAUCGACCUCAUCUUCGCCAAGGGCUACUGCGAGAAAAUGAACUACGUCCGCGCCGCCAAGGAGCUUCCGAGACUUUCCGACGAGGAGGUCGAUGCCCGAGCCAGGGAGUAUGGAUUCUCGUCGGGCAGUGAUGAGGAAGUGGGAGCGGCGAUGAAGGAGACGCAGUUUGCUGGGGAGAAGGAUCGGGAUGUUGAGAAGGAGGAGGUCAUUUGA